AUGAGGACUACUUCCGCUUUCCUUUUCGUCACCCACUCGUUCCGCUUAUUUCUGGCGCUCCUUCAGUGGUCAAAAUGCCGAAGUCCUCAUUUCUACAUUUCUCACGAUCCACACAGGAGUCAGAUCUUAGCUGAGCUCAGUGCUGAUGAGUGUCGGAGGAUCUGCUAUCUGUGCGGCGCUCUGGACACACACUCAGAGCUCACACACUCCUCAGAGCUCAGAGUCUGCACACAAUCGCUGCUGUGCCGGAGCGAGCGUGUGUUUCUGCUGGAGCUCCUGCUGAGGAUCAAACGCUACGACCUGCUCAGACGAGUGUUGAAGAGCAGCAGGAGCAUGGCGGAGACUCUGCUGAAGAACCAGCACACACUGCCAGAAUACAGAGUCCUGAUGUGUGAUGUUAGUGAGGAGAUGGACACAGAGGACCUGAAGUCUCUGAUAUUCCUGCUGAGAGACACUUUAUCAAAACACAAGCUGCAGAAUGUCCAGAGUUUUCUGGAUAUCGUGGUGGAUCUGGAGAAGCUGGAGCUGAUCUCAAGUCAGAAGCUGGAGUUUCUGCAACAGAUCCUGAUGUCCAUUCGCAGAACUGACCUCCUCAACAAGAUCAGACGUUUCCAGCAGACCUCAAAAACGACCAAACAAGGCUCUGCUGACAGACCUCAGACCUGCGCAAAACCACAGGAGCAGGUGUACAGUGUUCACAGAGAGCCCAGAGGAGUGUGCUUAAUCCUGGACUGCAUCGGCACUGAGGCAGACGGGCUGAUCUGCUAGAUAUGCACACCGCGGUAAACCGUGCAGCAAACCAACACAACCGUCAGUCUGCAGGAUCUCAGGACUCUCUACACCUGAGGAAAAACUCUUCAUCCACACAGACUCCGCUUUACCCGCAGAUUACCCUGUUUUACAGCAUUAACACUGCAGUGAUUAUUUUCACCUCUCACACACCUGAAACCGGAUCAGAGAAACUGUUUAACAUUUCAAAACAUUGCACAUCAUUAUUACUGAUAUUAAUAUGAUCAGUUCUUCGUUAAUAGAGUUAUUAUCUAUUUUCUGGAUUAGCCAUGCUCAGAUCAAAUGUUUUAUAUACAGUUAAAGUCAGAAUUAUUAGCCCGUCUGUAUAUUUUCCUCCAAUUUCUGAUUAACAAAGAGAAGAUUUUUCUUCAGCACAUUUCUAAACAUAAUAGUUUAAUAACUCAUCUCUAAUAACUGAUGUCUUUUCUCUUUGUCAUGAUGACAGCACAUAAUA